CUGGAAUCGCUGCACCGGCAUCUAUACAAUGAGUGGACGAGUUGGCGAUCUCAGCCCUAAGCAGGAGGAGGCCCUUGUGAAGUUCCGUGAGAAUGUGAAGGACCUGAUGCCAAGGCUGCCCCCCUUUUCUCAAGAUGACUAUUUCUUGCUGCGGUGGUUGCGAGCUAGAAGCUUUAACCUGCAGAAAGCAGAGAAUAUGCUCCGCAAGAAUGUUGAAUUUCGAAAGCAAAUGGACUCAGACAAUGUGCUGGAAAAAUGGCAGCCUCCAGAGGUGGUUCAGAAAUACCUGUCAGGGGGCUUGUGUGGACAUGACCGGGAGGACAGUCCCAUCUGGUAUGAUGUUAUUGGGCCUCUGGAUCCCAAGGGACUAUUGUUUUCAGCUUCCAAGCAGGACCUCAUGAAAACCAAGAUGCGUGAUUGUGAGGUUCUGCACCAUGCAUGCCGAAUGCAGAGUGAAAAGCUCGGAAAGAGGGUAGAAGAUGUGGUUAUGAUUUAUGAUGUAGAAGGUUUGGGGCUGAAGCAUUUAUGGAAACCUGCAGUGGAGCUAUAUGGAGAGAUUCUGCAAAUGUUUGAGGAUAAUUAUCCAGAGGCACUAAAAAGGCUCUUUGUUAUCAAAGCUCCUAAACUGUUUCCAGUGGCCUAUAAUCUUAUCAAGCACUUUCUAAGCGAGGACACUCGAAGAAAGAUCAUGGUUUUGGGUGAUAACUGGCAGGAUGUGCUAAAGAAAUAUAUAGCUCCUGAGGAACUGCCCCAGUAUUAUGGAGGGACGCUGACUGACCCUGAUGGUGACCCCAAAUGUAAAUCCAAGAUAAACUAUGGUGGGGACAUCCCUAAGAAAUACUAUGUUCGAGACCAGGUAAAGCAGAAUUACGAAAAUACCUUGAAUAUCAACAGGGGAUCUAGUCAGCAGAUGGAAUAUGAGAUUCUCUUCCCUAGCUGUGUCCUCAGAUGGCAGUUCCAGUCUGAUGGUGCAGAUAUAGGUUUUGGAAUAUACCGAAAGACAAAAGCCGGCGAGAGACAGAAAGCUGGAGAAAUGGUUGAGGUGUUGGCAAAUCAGAGAUACAAUGCACACAUGGUUCCUGAGGAUGGAACUAUGACUUGUACUGAACCAGGAACAUAUGUACUGCGCUUUGAUAACACUUACAGCUUCAUCCAUGCUAAGAAAGUCAGCUAUACAGUUGAAGUUCUGCUUCCUGAUCGCAAAUCAGAAGAAAAAAUCCAGCAAUUAGAAAGCAAGAUGGAAAGCAGCCUUACCCUCUAGAGACACUAUCCAUAUGGCAGAGAUCCCUGUUUGUGGCAUGUCUUUAAUGUCGGAUACUGCAAUAAUGCCUGAUUUGGUAUAAAUGAAUGAAGGCACUCAGGAGGUGAGCUGCCUGUCCCAUAAGUUACUAAUGACUUAUGAGUGCCAUGUUGUAAUAUAUAUCAGAGACUUAAUGCAGUGUAUGAGCAAAUAUAAUCUGUUCAUGCUAGAGUCUGGAGUCAAAGCUAUAUUCAGUGCAGGUUAUGUUAAAAGAGAUGUGGCAUAAAAAAAGCCACAUUUCACUAGGACAAAAGGGUUUUGUUUUGAUAAAAGACUGCAGUGUGCUGGCAUUUGUAUGCCUAAUGGGAAUUAGAAGAUGGUACGAAAGUAAUUCAUUAUUGAAAAGACUUGUUUACAUCCAUGAGGGGAGCUCCUAAGGAUUUGGAAUAUAUUAUAAAUCUAGUGCGUGUGUCACCCAGUAACAUACUGUUUGAACUAAGGUAUACAUUGCAUGAUAAUUUUAUAUUAUUUUCAAAUAGGUAAUAAAUUGUAGUGGCUAUAGCCUCUGAAUAUAGCAUCAGAACACCAAGCUCACUGUCCUUAUGACAUUUAGGAAAUAUACUGUAAUUAGUUUACAAAGGUAUACAAGGUCUUUGUUUACACACCUGAAAGCUCCCUUUCAAUAUAGACUAAUUUAACAGUAGGACAAUCCUUUUCCUUAUAAUCUACAGGGGCAUUAUAAUUGUUUCUUACUGAAUAAAUCCCAGAUUUUUAAGCUACAA